UCAGCUCGCGGACUCUCUCGGACAUAGUCGGCUCGCUCACUGGGACACUGCAGGUCGCUACCUGGGGGCGGCUGUCCUCUGCAAGCACUAUCUCUGGACACACGAGACACGACUCACGAGCAGCAGCCUGAGAUGACGGUCAGGAGUCAGGACUAUAUACCCAGACUAAUGUGUGCGUGUGUGUGUAGUUCAGCCUGGCUCAGCAGCUCUACUUACUAGUUACUACUGUGUGUCUACCCGCGAACAAGGUGUACACAGUAGACACACACACACACACACGGACACGGACACGGACACCGCGAGGGCAGUGCGGGAUAGUUGGACGUAGAGGCGACGUUGCCGUGUUGAGCUCUUUUUGGUGCGGUCACGGUGCUGCUGCAGGCUGUUUUUUUGGCGAACCUCUCGCGGCUGCGCGCGAGUAUUGCUGCUCCGCAUCAAGUGGGAAAUUCGAACUGCUUUGAUGGGAGGUUGCGGUUAUAGUGAAAUCUGCGCAGGCUUUCUUGUACUCUUAUAAUUUAUGAUUUUAUGUUUUAUCUUCGUAUCAUGGCUGAGAGGCUUUAUUGUGGGUGGAUGUAGCAUAUAAGGUGGAAAGCAAAAGGUUGGCAACAGUUUAGAGCUCAAAACAACUUCGACAAAAUGCUCUACUGUGCACUUUCCAACGAGGUUCCGGAGGAGCCCGUUGUCUCUCCAGUAUCUGGCUUAAUUUUUGAAAGACGUCUUAUAGAGAAAUAUGUGGCAGAAAAUGGAGUUGAUCCUAUUAAUGGAAAAGACUUGAAUUUAGAUCAACUGAUUGCAGUGAGAACUCAGUCAAGUAAACCAAAUGCACCAUCUUCAACAUCGAUACCAUCUAUACUUAAAGAUUUACAAGAUGAGUAUGAUACUGUAAUGCUCAACACAUUUUCAUUGAAGCAGCAUUUGCAAGUUACACGUUCAGAACUUUCUCAUGGAUUGUAUCAACAUGAUGCAGCAUGUCGAAAAGUUGCGAAAUUAGCCAAAGAAGCUGCUGCAGCUAAGGAGGCAUUGGCUUUACUCAAACCACAAGUUGGAACAGCGCCAACAAAUAUUCCUCAACCUGCACUUGCGGAAGCUGGUGGUAUGGCUAUGCAACCAGAUGAACAAGCAGGAAUAACAGAAGAUAUCAUUCAAAAGUUGCAAGAAAAAGCCACAGUUCUUACUCAAGAGAGGAAAAAGAGAGGCCGAUCAGUUCCAGAGGAUCUUCUUACUCAAGACACUAUCAAAUCAUUUCAAACUCUUGCAUCCCACCCGGGUCUUCACUCUGCCAGUAUUCCUGGUAUUCUAGCUCUGGAUAUUCAUGGAGCUGAUACAAGUAAAGUAAUAACAGGAGGUGCUGACAAAAAUGCAACAGUCUUCAACAAAGAUACUGAGCAAAUAGUUGCUAUACUUAAGGGUCAUACCAAAAAAAUAACGCGUGUAAUUUAUCAUCCAACAGAGGAUAUUGUUAUGACUGCAUCACCCGAUACAACUAUUCGAGUUUGGAACGUUAAUACUAGUCAAACGUCACUCUUGAUGCGUACUCACGAUGCGCCUGUUACAGGAUUAUCAUUACAUCCCACUGGAGACUAUUUACUUAGUUCUUCCCUUGAUCAUUGCUGGGCCUUCUCCGAUAUCAGAUCUGGCUUACUUCUCACAAAAGUCGCUGGACAGGGUAGUCAGCCAUUGACCACAGCUCAGUUUCAUCCUGACGGUCUAAUCUUUGGCACAGGUACAAUAGAUUCACAGGUGAAGAUUUGGGAUUUGAAGGAGCAGUCAAACGUUGCCAACUUCCCUGGACAUUCAGGGCCUAUCACAGCUAUUAGCUUUUCAGAAAAUGGUUACUAUUUGGCAACAGCUGCCGAAGAUUCUUGCGUUAAACUGUGGGAUUUGCGCAAAUUGAAAAACUUUAAGACACUGCAGUUAGAUGAAUCUUAUGAAGUUAAGGACAUUUGCUUUGAUCAAAGUGGUACUUAUUUGGCCGUCUGUGGAUCAGAUGUGAGAAUUUACGUUUGCAAACAAUGGGUGGAGCUGAAAACAUUCAACGAUCACACAGCCGCAGUGACUGCCGUUCGUUUCGGUAGAAAUGCAGAAUUCAUAGCUUCGGUGAGCAUGGACCGCUCCCUUAAAUUAUACGGCAACAAUAAAUAAUUUAUUGUAUAAUCUGUACAUAUAUUUGUAAUUUCCGCGACAUUCGAUAUUUUUUACACAAUAAGCGAUUGAAAAAUUGAAAAUGGGGUAAAAUAAAAUUUACGCUGUUAACUAUAAAAA